UUAAAUUGUUAGAUUAAACUUGAACUACUCAACACGGCGGCACUCACCGGACUUUAUAUUAUUAUUAAAAUCAGUACUUCUCCAACGAUACAGGCUUUCCGAAAUUCACUGCCAGUAUUGAAAAUCUAUACUUUACGUCACGUAUACUGUUAAAUUUUAGUACUGGCAGCAAAUUUCGGAACACAGUCACAGUAAAGACAGCUGACAUCAGGCAACACUUGUAGCCUUGUGCCACCUGGGCUAAUAGACCAGACAAGCGGAAUUAAAAUGCGGUUUGAAAACAUAUAUGAGUUUCCUCACCCUGGCGAGAAUGAAAGUUCACAAAGUCAACAGCUUACUGACAUCUCCAGCAAGAAAAAAGUGCAACAUCAUGGAAAGAUAACCAUGCUGUCAAAAUCCUCAUUGAAGAGUGGAGGGAACAUGAAAACUAUUUCAAGAGCACUACUAUUACUAAUAAAAAAGUCUGGGAAAUGAUAGCUAGUAGAUUGAAAAAAGAGAAUCCACUGUGGAACUACACUGGUCAGCAGUGUGAGGAUAAAUUCAAGGACCUUAGGAAACAUUAUAUAAAAGCUAGGGACCAAAAUGAAAAAAGCAGUGGCCUUCCAGUUGCUACCUGCAAAUUUUAUAAAGAGAUGGAUGAUGUUCUUGGUGAUAAACCAGCUGUGAAACCUGUAUGCAUAGCUCCAACAUUAAAAAACGUUAUCAACCUGAUUCCCAGGACUCUUCAAGCACAGCUUCUGCAACUUUAUACAGUAAUAGUGAAAAUGACAGUGAUCGUGGUUAUGAUUGUACCCCUAAAUUUAAAAAGAAAAAGAAAAGUGUUACUGAAAGAAAUCUCGAAAGACUACUUGCUAUUAGAACAGAGGAAUCUAAAAAAAAGGAAGAGGCUCAACAGGCAUAUUGAACGAAUGCAGCGUCAAGAUCAUGCAAUUGAAAUUUAUCAAAGUGCAAUGAACCGACUAUUAGAAAAGUUGUAGUUAGAGAAGUUAUAAGGAAUGCAAGAAGUAGAGAAUAGAGAAGUAGUGCAGUUUUUCCCUGUUUUCACCAAUAUAUAUCGCUUUUUAAAAUU